UUGGGCCACGUGGUGCUGUCCCCGGUCUGGUUCCUCUACGGCCUGCUCAUGAAGCUGUUCCAGCGCUCUGCCCCGGCCAUCACCCUCGAGAGCCCGGACAUCAAGUACCCACUGCGUCUGAUCGACCGGGAGAUCAUCAGCCACGACACCCGACGCUUCCGCUUCGCCCUGCCCUCGCCCCAGCACAUCCUGGGCCUCCCCAUCGGCCAGCACAUCUACCUGUCGGCGCGGGUCGACGGGAACCUGGUCAUCCGGCCCUACACGCCCGUCUCCAGCGAUGACGACAAGGGCUUUGUGGACCUGGUCGUCAAGGUGUACUUCAAGGACACCCACCCCAAGUUUCCCGCGGGAGGGAAGAUGUCUCAGUACCUGGAAAGCAUGCAGAUUGGGGACACCAUUGAGUUCCGGGGCCCAAACGGGCUGCUGGUCUACCAGGGCAAAGGGAAGUUCGCCAUCCGUCCCGACAAGAAGUCCAGCCCUGUCAUCAGGACGGUGAAGUGUGUUGGCAUGAUCGCGGGAGGGACCGGCAUCACGCCGAUGCUGCAGAUCAUCCGUGCCAUCAUGAAGAACCCGGACGACCCCACGGUGUGCCACCUGCUCUUUGCCAACCAGACUGAGGAGGACAUCCUGCUGCGGCCCGAGCUGGAGGAGCUGAGGAACGAACAUUCCGCGCGCUUCAAGCUCUGGUACACGGUGGACCGAGCCCCGGAAGCCUGGGACUACAGCCAGGGCUUCGUGAACGAGGAGAUGAUCCGGGACCACCUGCCGCCCCCAGACGAGGAGCCCCUGGUGCUGAUGUGCGGCCCCCCGCCCAUGAUCCAGUACGCCUGUCUGCCCAACCUGGCCCGCGUGGGCCACCCCCAGGAGCGCUGCUUCACCUUCUGAGCCCGCCUGGCCACUUCGGCCUUCUGCCUACCCUGCCUCCACCGCCCGCCACGCCCGCCCACCCUCCUCAACACCCCCCACCUCUCGGGGCCCCUGUUGGGCCUGGUCUGCCCAGGCCGGGGUGGGCACGCCAGGGCCCUUGGGAGCAGGGCUGUUUCCGGAGGACAUGGCCGGCCCUCACCUGCUCUCCCCUGAGGUGCUGGCCCUGCCCCUCGUGACCCCUAGCCCCUCCCGUCCACACUACAAGGCCCAGGGCCCAGCACUCGCUCCCCUACCCCGCUGGGCAGAGACCGGUCUGCAUAGACGGGCAGCCCUGGGACCCUGGCCUCCGCACCUGUCACCAGUGAGAUGGGUGACACCACGGUCCCUAAGGAGGGACCGUGCAGGGCCCCGAACCUCAGUGUCCCCCAGCACACGCCGAUAGCCGGGAAGCCUUGGGUAUCCCCCCCCCACACCCCGGGCCUCCUUGGGGUGCCGCUAGCCCGGGAGAGCGACGGCCACGCUGCUUGGUUGCUCUGCCCCACACCCACACCCUCCGUGGGCUGGCCCUGUGGGGGCUGGCGCAGUGCCUCUGAGGGACCACGCGGGGGCCUCGUGUUGCCCGCAGACCACCGGGUGGGCCCCUGCACGCUGGCUUUCCAGGGUCACCUGUCAGCAGGUGACAGUGGAAGUAAACCUUUGCUGGUCCGA